GGGAGAGCCCUAAGCGCUACCGAGCAGGCUCAUCUGCGGAUGCUGUCGUCACGAAGCGACUCCGUCAUCCAUGACAUGGCGCACUCGUCUGAGAGCAGAAUCGCUGCACAACAGAUGUCCGGGCAUGCCCUGGACGUCCCCAUGUCCAUACAAAUAACACCCGUCAGCAGCGGAAUAGAGUCGAUGUUCGAAUCGCGCGCCUCUCGCGAUCACAGGCUCCGGGGCAGGACUCGAAGCGGUGAAGGUAGCGGCAUCUUCCUGGAGCCGCAGCUGGAGGACGGCUCAUUGAGGAGGAUGCGCCGCCAGAGCGGUUCGCAUACGCGGCUGACCCGCAGGUCCCUCUCGCGGUCUCCCAGCAGCCGCGAGGACAACGAACCCCUGCAGGAGCUCGUCGAAGUCGAGAUUCACGGUGCGUUGUCGAGAGAAAGGACAGCCGGCUCACCUACGAGGUCGGCGAGCUUUCAUGGCUCGAGCGAACCGAAGCGCGAAGCGCAAUGCCUGUCUUCCUCUUCGAUCGCAGCGAAUGCAAUGUCCCCGAGAAGCCUGCUAAAGGAUUCACACAGUUCUAGACUCGUGCAGGACGCUCGCACAUCGACUUCAACGGAGAGAACUUCAAGCACCCUCGGAACCACUGGAAACAGGGGAGCACUAACGUCGUCAUUCAAAACCGACUUCGAAUCCUCGAAACGGCUCGGAUCUCUGCUCGACAAAGGCAGAACGUCGCCCACUAGGCUGGGCGUAACGUCAGGGGUCGAAAGUAUGGCUCAAAGACAAGAGCACGACGUGCUUGCUACAUCUCGCAAUAACUUUUCAGGAGCACUGGGGCUGUCCUCGUCGGGAUUUGCUACAAAAACGACAACUGAAAGCACACAGGUUCGAAGUCAGCAGCAGACAGGCACCGCGGCCAUUCGAGAGACUGCCCCCCUAGCCGUAGGUCAACUUGAGUUUAGGAACGUUACCCAGGCUGCAAAGGCAGAAGAACGCCAAAAACCGCAAAUUGUUAUCACAACGGAGAGAAAUACGACUCAGGGUCCAGGGUGGUCUCAACAAACGGUGUCCUCGAGGUGGAAAGUCCAGGAGACAGCUAGUGGAAGCGCUUCGUCAGAAACAAGGCCUGACACUUUGGCAGCAACAGACACCAAGAGCGGAAUGUUGAUUUCCUCUAGCAAACAGGGCUCAGAUCAUAAAAAAUUCUUCAGCAACGCAACAGCGUCUAGUAUGCCAGAUUCAAGCGAAAAGACUAGUCUCAUGACUCCAAGCUUUCUUCAGAAGGAAACUUCUUCAAAAUCACUCCUAGAGCAGUCGGUACAUCGAAGCAGUUUAUUCUCGGACAAUGCGCCUGAGACAUUGACAAACUCUGCUCCAGCUCCAGUUGUUGCUCCUAAUUCCCUUGAAAAAGAAGGAUUCUCAAAGUCAAUGACCCAGCAGUCAUUAUUCAAAACCGGUAUAUCCUCAGGCAUGGAUUCCGAUACAUCAGCAGUCAAUGCGGCGCAACGCGAGACAGUGGCAAAGCAGGAGACGAUCCAACAAGCAGUUAUUGAGAAUACAGCUGCGGGCACACUGAUUCAUUCCGAGGGAAAUGCUGCUUCGCUAACACCAACUUCAGUUUUGGAAAAAACGUCAAAAUCAUUUAUUCAAGAGUCAAUACACCGAACUGGCAUUCCGUCGAACAAGAUAACUUCUACAUCAACAGUAUCCGAUGCAACGGGUAACACAUUAAGUGAUUCCACAUACCAAGACUCUUUUCAGAACAAGCAUCUAGACAGGCCAGCAUUGACUAUGUUGGGUUCAAGUGAAAAGUCUAGCUUUUUUACAAGUUCUGCUCCGGCGAAAACAUCUUCAAGGACAGUAACACAAGAGUCCAUACGCCAAAGCACUGCUUCUUUAGACAAAGCAGCUGGCGCAAUGGCACCAACAGCUAUCGAAGGCACGACAUUGUCUACUUCCACAAACCAGGCUGCACUUCAUCAGGACGUUUUUGACAAAUCAACAGCACCAGCCAUGCUCGACUUGCACGAGAGGUCUAGCGCCUUGACUUCUGGUAUUUUAGAAAAAAGAACGUCGUCGAAGAAUGUUCUCCAAGAGUCCGUAAAAAAUCCGGAGUUGCUCUCUACGAAAGCAGCCACAGUUACUUCUGAAGGGUCGAACGAGAACGCUAACCUCUUCACGAGUUCUUUUCCAAAAGCGUCUUCAAAACUGGUGAUACACGAGUCUGUACAUCGCACUAUUUCUUCUCACAAAGCGCCGGGGAUCUCGACGAAUGAUGUAAAGGCUGUGGAGUCGACUGCUGCUUCUGAAAACGAGAAUGCAAUUCUGCACACCACUCUUGACAAGACCGCUGCGCCAACGCUGCUAGACUUACAUGAAAAGACCAGUAUCUUGUCGCCUACUUUUUUUCAAAAAGCGUCUUCGGGAACUUCAGUUCGAACAUCUUCAGAGCGAGUCAGCAUCCCCUCGGAUCGAGCUCCAGAGACAGCAAGAGUUACGGAUUCUACAGGCGAUCUACUGACUAUUUCGACCAAGCAAGGUGCUUGUGAACGAGUUCUCGGCAACGCUGCGGCGCCUGCAGUAACGUCUUCUACCGAAGAUGUUUCACGUGUGGUUCAAGGAACAGCUUCAAAGUAUUUAUUAGAAGACUCACAACUACGAACCAGUCUUCCUUCAGAGGGACAAGCUGUCGGAGCUACAGUACCGGCUUUAGAAGACGUGAAGUUGUCUUCUACAAAACAAGACACGCUGACAAAUUUGAGCGGAGCGACUCUUGUAACCUCGGCUCCAGAAAGAACAUCUUCAAACUCAGUCAUUCAAGAACCAAUGCUCCAAACGAUUUCUUCUACUAAACCACCUGACGUACUGGUUUCUGCGGACACAAAGGACGAUACAUUCAGCUCAUCUGCUGUUCAAGACCUGGUUCAGCAGAAACCUGCAGAAACAGAAUCAAACAAUUAUUCGCUGUCCGCAGGAACCCACCUGAUCACAACCAAAAAAGUAAGCACGCGACAUAAGACCAACGAACCUGUUCAGCAAUCAUUCUUUGAACGAAUUGAAGGAUCUAAGUAUCAGACAUUUGACAGCGCCCUGCAACGCGGCCAGCUUGCGUCAUCCAGUGGUAAAUACGAUUUCCAGGAGUUUCAAGUCACGGCAAGCAGUGAACCCACACAAGCUACUGUCGAAAUUGCAUGCGAACGUGAAUCACUUCCUGCUAAAGCCCCUCAAGACUUAAGUACGGAAUAUGUCAGCGCAGACAAAGAGAAAAAAGUCGGAGAAAAAGCCGAAAGCACAACAGCUGUAGCGCUCACACCGCUUCCAGAGCUUUCACUGAUUGGGUCGUCUCCUAAGGCAUCAUCCGAAGAAAUUCGUUCAAGCGAGACUGAGCGAUCUGUUUCUAAAGUCGCCGAUCGAGAUGACGCGUUACAAUGGCUUGUCACUACAGAGCGUCAUAGCACUAGGCUGGGAGAAGCUGCCGCCCUUUUCGAAGCUCCUUCGGACGUCGUGCAGACUGGUCACAGGCGAAGCCGAGUAGAGUUCUCCGAGAGCAAACAGAUGAUCGAGCAGGUGAGACAGGCCGAGAAUCACGAGAGCGGAUACGAAGGAGUUUCUAGAUGGAAAGUUUACGAGACAGCUAUGCAAGAAGACACCGCUCCGGCACCAGUAAGCGAGUCGCUUAUAAAGCCCCAAACUGCUCCUAUUAUGUACGACACUGAACAAGACGAGCGGGUCAGCCAAUCGACAAACAAUCAGCCCCACGUAGAUAGCAGCCUCCUACAUUACACCCCUGAUGAGUACAUCCUGGCUGAGUUAGUUCGCGAAGUGGAAAAGAAGAUCGAAGCUAGCUCUCGCUACCACGUCGAACCUCUCCCCGACGACGUACUUACGAUACGAUCAUCCAAAGGAAUCGAGUCCCUUGGCCAGCUAAGGUACGAGACAUAUGAAGAGGAGCUCCUUAUGCGACGCAGCGAGGACGAUCUAUCUCAAGAACAGAAAAGGUCGACAGCAGAAGCAAUUGAACAGCCUGCGACUGCAGUGGGAGAACCUGUCGUGGGCAUUGACCAGGAGGGAUACGCGGGGGUUCUCGAAGAAUAUUAUGAAAGUGCUGAGAAAAGACAACCGGAACCAGAGCCAGAACAGCCAGCCGAAGCAGGCGCACAGCCUUCUGUAGAUAUUGGUGAAGAAGCCAAGGCGAAAGUUGAAGAGUACACAUCCGCUGUUACUGCAGAGGCGCAAGAACAAAGCCGUGUUCUCGCGGAAGAACACGAGCGACGGGAAGGUGAAGAUGCUCAACGCAAAGAGGUGGAUGGCAAGGAAGUCGUCUCCGAAAAAUCAUUUGAUGCUAUUCGAGAAGAAAGACGUAGGCAGUUCGAGCAGCGUCGGAAUUACGUGCCUGUUGCAACAGAAAGAGAAAGGAGAACGGUGACUGUGCAGGACAAGGAAAUGCUUGAAAUGGCCCAGAGGCCUGCUUUGAAAGCGGCGCAAGGCGAAACUGAAGAAAUGCAAGACAAAGGUUUUGUGAAACAAGAGCUUCUCGAAGAAUAUUAUGAAAGUGCUGAGAAAAGACAACCGGAACCAGAGCCAGAACAGCCAGCCGAAGCAGGCGCUCAGCCUUCUGUAGAUAUUGGUGAAGAAGCCAAGGCGAAAGUUGAAGAGUACACAUCCGCUGUUACUGCAGAGGCGCAAGAACAAAGCCGUGUUCUCGCGGAAGAACACGAGCGACGGGAAGGUGAAGAUGCUCAACGCAAAGAGGUGGAUGGCAAGGAAGUCGUCUCCGAAAAAUCAUUUGAUGCUAUUCGAGAAGAAAGACGUAGGCAAUUCGAGCAGCGUUGGAAUGACGUGCCUGUCGCAAUCGAAAGAGAAGGGAGAACGGCGACUGUGCAGGACAAGGGAACGCUUGAAGUGGCCCAGAGGCCUAUUUUGACGACGGCGCAAGGCGAAACUGAACAAAUGCAAGACAAAGUUUUUGUGAAAAAACAUCAAGGUGAGCGGACGUCUGAAAAUGCGGUGAGGCGCUUCAUAGCGGCAGCCAUUGAAGAAGCGACGAAGCGCGAAGAAGCUACCAAAACCGUUAAGCGAUUUAGGGAGUACCCCUGCUCGGCCUCGACAGAAGAGGCGCCCACGAGGAUACAUUCGGGGUCACCAGAUACUUCUGCAACUGACUUAGCUUCCCGCAAAGAAGAGGAACGUCGUCUUGCCGACAUUAAGGUGCAGCAAGAGAAAGAUAAAGCGAUGCCACAGCUUGUGCGUUCCAAGUCGAUUGCUGAGUUAAUUGAACAAAUCAUUCAGCAGCACGUCAGUGGAACCGACAUCCGCAAACAAGGCAUCGUGCAUGAGAAAGAGGUGCAGGCACAAGACUUCACAAGCGCGCAAGCUCCAGGUUUCCCGCCCAACAUGGGACAACAGGAAAUACCUGUCUAUUACCAGACGGGGACAGCUAGCCAAAAGCUAGGUGAUCAGUACGUCAACGACUAUCGUUUCUCUUUGCUAGGCGUUCCACGGAAGAGCGACACCCAGUUGGAGAGCACUUCCCAAGCGGAGCGCCGAUUCUCAUUCUCAUCAUUGGGUGGCCGCGGUGCCAAAUGUGUAAUUCGAAAACUGGAACCUGGGGCAUUAACUUACCUAGUCGAAGUAUCGCCCGCAGAUAAAAACCAAGAAAAUCAAACGGACAUGGUCAUGGCCGAAGAGCAAAUGCUAGUGAGCGAAAUUUUUGACCAUAUAACAACGCCUAAUUUGCGUUUGUCGUCCUCAGGCACUAGGCUAAACGAACCGGAACCAAUCACUGUUUCAUCUGCUGCGAGCUUAACUGCCAUAAGGAACGCCUAUGCAGAGGCCGUUGCUAGGCGUGUAUUGUGCAAGCAAUUGCCUCAGGGAACCGAGGGUGUCCUUUCCGCCGCGCAGAAGGCGAAAUUUUACGAGAAUAGACAGGGUAUGAACGUUGAAAAGACUGCCUCGUCGACGUCCUUGCACAGUGCAGCUUCUGUAGAAGACUAUGUCGUACAAAGAAUGAUCGAUUCAGGGAUAAUAAGGAACCAGGCGGAACUCUGGGGCAAGAAGCCACUCAAUUUCGAGAAUAGGAUCAUUUCGCGAACGUGCUCAGCGGGCACAUUUUCCAAGUCGGGUGCGUCGUCUGAAGCGCUUGCUGCGCCACCUUCGACACCAUCAAAUAACGUCGAGCCUGGAGAAGAAGGAGCGGAGUAUUGUGCAGACACGGCCCAGGACAGUACAGCACAGGCACCUGAAAAAGAAGAGGUCCCGCGGGGCGCGGAAUUCGAACCGGCGAGAGACAUGACUGCCGCAACAUCGAAUUUUGUCGAAAGUGAGAAACAGGCGAUGGCAGCAGCAACUUCUGCAGAAAGCUACGAAGAGAAGCGUUCGUCGACUUUCGCCUCGAACGAGCGAUCCGCUCGGGAAUAUAAAAGUACAGCCACAGUGAAAGCGACUGUGACGUCAGAAGGGCAGCGCUCUGUGGCGAAGCAGCCCUCAGCAGCGAGCUUGAAAAGCACUGUUAGUAUCGGUUCGGGUGAGUGCACGUUGUGUACGAACCACAUUACUCCGGAGAAAUCGUUCGAGUCAUUCAUCUGCUUUGGCCUGCAUGACCUGCCCAAAUAUUUUGCUACCGUUCCUACUGAAGUGAGCGACACUAUCAAGCUGAGAAUUGCCACCGACGACGACGUCAGAGAGAUCAUGUAUCUGCCUUGGAAUGAACCGGAAUCCACGUACACUCUGCACGCCGCAAUAGUCACGAGGCACAUGCUUUGUCCAAGUAGCUUCUUCGUCGCCGUCGACACCUCAAGAGGGGUCAUCUGCGGAGCCGCGAGCGCGCUCAUGUUCGACGAAGAGGUCGCCUUCUGCGGCUUCUGCCACAUCCUCAAGAACUACGCGUUCGAGCACGUGGGCGUCCUGCUGUGGAACGAGCUGCUGCACGUCACCAGCGGCAAGAACCUGUUCACCCUGCUGCCCGAGCCCGCGUACCGGGAGCUGCAGGAGGUCUACCCGUUCCCGUCGAACCCCGCGACGGGCAUCCUCUUCGGGCCGGCCCGUCUUUCGCUGGCCGCGUUCGCGCGCACCGUCCUGGUGCUCGAGUACAAGGACAAGUACUUCGACGCGCUCGCCUCGUACGACAAGCACGUGUUCGGCUUCAACCGCAAGCGAUACUUGGCCGCGACCGUGCACGAGGUCGGGCUCGACAUUCGCGUAGCCACGCGCAACGAGCGCAACAUUUGCGGCUACGGCGGCAUGCAGCGAGACAGCCGCGGUCGCCUGGUGCUCCGCUGGCUGUUCGCCGACGACGCCGCUACGGCCGAGUCGCUGCUGUCCAGCCUGCUGUCCUCGUGCACCAACGAGGACGAGGUGGAGGUGGUGGCCGCGUUCUUCCUGCGCUCCGCUUCGACGCGGCCCAUCCUCGACAAGUUCAGCACCCGCCAACUCGAGCCGUGGCGACUCGUGUACACCAAGAGGGAGCCCCUGCACAGCUAUGGCAGGGUCGUCUGCCUCACCACCGUCUAGCCACUGCUCGUCGCGGUGGCUUCGUUGAGCCGUUGCGGCGGCCACAAAAUUUAAAUAUUCGCCUCGAUAUUUUUUUUUCUCUUUUGCUGGAUAUAUAUUUGUCAAAACGUAAUGGCCUUCUCGUAUGCUUGUCAUUAUUACGAAGAGACUUCUCGAUUCUCUCGCGCCGACACGGCGCCGCCGCUCUGCUGCGUUGUAGC